AAAUCCGGCUCCUCCAGAAUCGGGCCCUACUCACUCAGCGCCAUUUUUCUCGCUGCCGCUGCCGGUCUGCUCCUACAUCGAAACACCCACUUUUGCCUGCCAGUAUUCCUCGUGCAAGUCUGCAAGGUAUUUUUUUUCGUUGGAUCAACGCUUGGAUCAACUGACCCUUUGCCAAUCGCCAGAUCCACUUUCGGGCGGAGAACGUCUCCUUGGCUCCGCUUGCUUAGCCACACUAGGCCCCUCAAACCACAGAGGCACGACUUGUAAAACGGCCCCCGCCUCACUCCCAGUCGUCAAAAAACACCGGAAUCACCAUGAACGGGAUGCAGAAUACCCGCAUGGGCGGCACCUGGCACUCCUCCUACAACAUGGGUGACCGGCAGAAAGUCGUCCAGAUCCUUGCCGCAACGCUUAAUGAAAUCCAGAAUACCGCCUACAACGAGCAGAAGGCGCUCGCCAUGGCCCAGGAGUUCGAGAAGUACACUUUCCUGAAAUCGGCGACGAAGGACGAAUACGUCAACAUUAUCAAGCAAAAAGUCACCCAGUUGCGCAUGAGCAUGCGCAACGCCCCAUCGGUCGCAAACCCGCUGGCCGGCACCGGAAACGCAGUGCCUGUCGUCACCAACGGCGGUGGGGCCGCUGGCGGCAACGGCAACGCGGGAAACCCCGGGUACCAGGGCCAGAACAUGGCGAUGUACGCCCAAAACCGCCAGCAGCAGGGCCAGCAGCAGCCCGUCCAGAGACUGGGCCUGGCCAGCAACUCGCUGCUGCAGCAGCUGCUGAACCAACAGCAACAGAUUCCGCAGGGAAUGCAGUUGACUCAGCAGCAGAUCCAGCAGAUUGGCCAGUUGGUCCGCACGAGCCCGAUUCCGCCGGCGCUCUUGGGCAAGUUGCCGAACUUGCCUCCCAACGUGAACACCUGGGCCCGCAUCUACGAGUGUUUCCAGAAGAAAAUCAUCCCCACGACAGCAAUGCCCUUGAUCAAAGAAGUGCACAACGCGCACUACCAGUUGGCCGUGCGCCAGCAUCAGCAGCAGAAAUUGACCCAAAUGCGCCGUGCAAACGGCGGCAACAUGGCUGAUGGUCUGUCUGUCGGAAACACUGGAAUGGACGCUUAUGGUGGUAGCGGCCAGGGGAAUAUGAACUCAAUGGGUGGAAACAUGAAUGCUCCCGUGAAUAACAAAAUCAGCAUGACCGCGGCUGCCUCCAAGAACAUGGCCAACAUGAACACCAUGAAUAACAUGAAUGCAAUGGGGAACACGGGGAACAUGGAAAAUAUGGGAAACGCCGGGAUCAAUGGCAUGGGUGCCAUGAAUGGUAUGGGCGCUAUGAAUGGCAUGAACAACCUCAAUGGCAUGAACAGUGUGAAUAACAUGGGUGGCAUGAAUAACAUGGGAAACAUGGGUAAUAUGAACAAUAUGGGCAAUAUGAACAACAUGGGCAAUAUGAACAACAUGAAUGCCACAGCUAACAAUACGAACCAAAUGAACGGCAUGGGCAACAUGAACGUGAACAGGCAAGUGCAAAGCAACCCGAUCAACAUGCAGAAUCUGCCCCAGAUGGCCAACCAGGUUCCUUUCCGAGGCAACCAGGUUCAAAACACUCAGCUGCAACCCCAACUGUCGAUGCAAGCCAAUGUUGGUAUGCAAAACCAAUCACAACUGGCCCCGCCUCAUCAACAGCGUCAGAUAAACCAGCAGCAUCCACAGGUUAAGCCGCCAAACUUUCAAAUCACUUCCCAGGACUUUGUCAAGUACAGCGCUGAUGCCAUGGCGCUUUUGCACAAGUUACAGCAAAACGGUUCCAUCCAGCUGAAUAUGGACCAAUCGCAGAAGCAAAGUUUUGUGCGGAAAUUUAUUUCACAUCAGAAACUCAAUGCCUGGAAAGCGCAACAAAAAGCCAUGGCGCAAUCUUCUGCUGCUGGUCAACAGGAUCCACAGCAACAGAUCCAGCGUCAGCAGCAGCAGAAUCCAAAUCAAGGAGGCGCUAACAAUUAUCUACAACAGCAGCAUCAGCAGCCAGUACAACCACCAGCUUCUCAUAUACCUCUCCAGCUGCCAUCCCUACAACAAUUGGGACAGCCGAAUGCGAACCCUUCCAUGGGACAACACAUGUCUUCGGCUGUCCAGCAAAGAAGCAUUUCGGCACAGGGAAUAGGUGCGGAUUCCAUGGCCUCGGGUCAGAAUAGAAUGACUCCUGGCUCUUUGGCUCUGGUUAUGCCGGCUUUAACUGAUGAAAUGAGAAUGAAACUCCGAGCUCUUUACGAAGAAGUCUCUAGAAACAACGUACAGCUUAAGGAUGUCACAAUGCUUUUAAGUGAUAAAGAAAAACUUGAAGUGAAAGAAAACAUGGACAAGAUCACCCAACAAUAUGCCAACAUUGACAGCAUUCUUAGCUAUUUUUAUGUGCUUACGCGCAACACCGAGGGUACCAAACGCUUGAUACAAAUGAAGAACAUGACCAAGAACGUCAUUGAUAAUCUCAAGAUCGGAGUUUAUCUCGCCGGCCCAGAUCUUCUUGAGAAAAUACGAAUGCAAUACCAGAAGCAUUUCGAUUAUAUCAAGGAAGAGCUCACCCGGAGAAGAGCCCAACAAGCGAGAAAUCAAUCUCAAGGUCAGUCUCUCUCGGCACCGGUUCAGUCUCAGCAGCCAAGACAAGCCAACCAAUUUCCCGUCCAGCAAUUUGCUUCGCAUAGUGCUAUGCAACAGCCCAUGCAGCAAAACUAUAAUGGGAUGCCGCAGGGAAACAUUGUGGGUGGCCUGGCUCAGCAACAUCCACAGCAGCAAAUUCCACAACAGCAAUACAUGAGAAGCACUCCAAAUGCUCCUUUGCAAUCGCAACGGGCCGGCCCUAACGCGAGCGCUGCACAAGUCAUAACAUCAAGUCCCUCUGUGUCGAAUGCGUUGUCACCUCCAGCGCACACUCCGUCGAAAGGUAUGCAAAAGACUGUCAAAAAGCAGACAACAACAAGAAGAAAGUCUGUCAAAGGAAGUUCUGCUUUGCCAACCCCGGCCGCGAACGCCACAACCCCUGCAAAUUUGGUCAAUAGUAUCAAGACACCAAACAGCAUGUCGACUCCUCAGGUGCCUGCAUCGCAGAGUGCCAAGGGUACUCCAAACGCAAGUUCGCCGCAAAACAGCGUCAAAGCUGCAUCGAAUGCCGAUAUAGUGGCUUAUACUGGAGACGUUUUUGGAACGAGCAACGUUGAUAAAAAAUUGAUGAGCAGACGCGACCUUUCAAAGAAUAAUCCGGAACAGUUUUUUUUCGCUGCUCUUUCUAACAUGCUUGAACUUGAAAAAAAUACCAGCAGUGCAGAUAAUGUUAAAGCAAAGGACGUUAAGAAGGGGCUUCAGUCGCCUCUCUCACCUUCUAACUCAAGUGAGUGGACUAGCGGCGUUAAAGCACAGGCUAUCAUGUCGGCGUUUCGCCAGGUUGAAUUCAUAGCAGAGCUUACGGGGUGUGAUGUGUUACAAGAGUGUGCUGAGUUGGCCACACAUGAUCUCAGAGAAAAAGAGACGACGGCACUUGAGCGCAAGAGACAAGCCGAAGACGACGACGAUAUGGAUUUGCUUUUCGAGGAUAAGAAAUUGAAGAUCGAGGAAGAUAUAGAAAAACGGCUAUUCGCGCCUAUAGAGCUUGAUGAUUGGAAAAGCUGGCUUGGCGGGUUGCAAGAGACCUAAAGAAGUAUAAAUUCAUGAGUGAAUUUAAUAUUAUGUUGGCCAGUGGAGAUGAAUUCCAUGUCUGAAAUCGGCACGUCUGUGUAAUAUGAAGGUUCACUAAUUUUUCAUCAAGCAAUGUUAGCUGACAAGACUUCGCGCAGCUACUGGUUCCCCAGUCAGACGUAUGUCGUUCAAAAUUUCAUACUUUGUUGGCUUUUGAAAUCAGCGACAAACGUUUUGGAGUACACGAGUCUUUCAGCUGUUUGUUUAAAGUUCAAAGAACAAUUCCAAAACAAACAACUUGAGCAAUUCCAAACGCGAGGAACGAGAGCUUGGUAUCAUUCAUACAAAUAGUCAAAAACAUAAGCUUUUAAUGUACGGUAUUUUUAAUGUUUUGCGAG